AUGUCUUCUCGAUUAUUAACAUCAGUAGAAAUUGAAUCAUCAUCAUUUUUAAAUACAAUCAAACGUAUUCAUACUGAAUAUGAUAAGUAUGAUUAUUCAACUGAAAAACUUCAAAUAUUAAGUGAUCAACUUUAUCAAAUAUGGAUGAAACCAAAAUUUGGAUCGAAUUUAACUACACGAAAUAAAGAAGGUUAUCAAAUAAUUGAAUAUCUUGAACAGUUAAUAUUAGAUAAUACUAUGAAUGAUAAUUUUUUUAUUUUAAUUAUAAAUCUAUUAAGUAAAAAUGAAAAUUUUUAUCAUCUACUUCUAAUUGAUCAUAAACGAUUUAAACAAUUGUUUAAUUUAUCUAUUCGAAAACCGAUCUAUUUAAUGCGUUAUAUCGAACUUUUGUAUUAUUAUUGUCCUUCGAAUUUGAUUUCUACUAUUGGUCUUGAUUUCUAUCGUUUUGUUGUUGAUACUCAUUUUCUUAAAUAUUUAUGUCAAACAACACGUGAUAUUGAUUGGCUUGCAGUAUUUUCUACUUUAAUUUAUCAAUUUUAUGAAAAUACAACAAAAUAUCUUUUAUCAACUGAAUAUAUUUUUCAAAAUCAAAAAGAUUCUAUUGAUUAUUCAAUCUAUGUUAUUGAUACACUUCUUCAUCACCAUUUAAAAAUAAAAAUUCUAAAAGAUUUUAUUUAUGAUGUUAAAUUAAUAAAUACAAUUAUAAAAGCCAUUACUGCUGUUUGGGAACAAAAUCCAUCAUCAGAAAAUUCUACUACAAAAGAAAUUCCAAAUGGAAUAACACCUGUUCAAAUUCAAUCACUUGAAUAUCUAUUCAAUGUAAUGUCGAAUACUAAACCUUCUCGUACACAUUUAACAACACAUGUAAUUAAUUCCAAAACGCCAACGUUUAGUUUUGCAAUAUUUUCUCUUUUUCCUCGAAUUCAACUUGAUGCUGUUGAUAUGAUUUUAAAAGAUAUGUUUUCUGAUGGUCGCCUUAAUGGUGAACGUCUUUCAAUUAUGAUUAAAUGUUUAAUUGAAUUAAUCGAUGCACCUAUACAAUUUAUUCAAUAUAUAUCAUAUGAAACAUGGAUUAUUGGCCUUUGUAUGACACUCGUAAGUUUUAAUCAUCAUGAAUAUCUUAUCAAAAUUCUUGAUGAAACAACAUUAUUUCUUAUUGAUCAUUUAUUUAAUAUUCAAACAUUUGAUAAUGCAUUUCAAAUUCUUUUUUGGUUUAUUCAAUAUGAUAAACGUAUACAAACAUUUCGAUUACUACUUGAUCGUUUACCUAAUCUAUUUGAACAAUUAAAAAUACUAAAUAAUGAAGAUUUAAAAACAAAAAUUAUUGAAUUAUGUCAUAUGGGUAUUGCUAUUCAUCCUGAAUAUAAUCUAUCAAAUGAAAUUAUAUUAAAACAAAUUAUUCAUAAUUUUCCACAACCAGAUUUAAAUAUUUUAUUAAAUCAUAAAAAUAUUCAUGCAAAAUUACAUUCAAUUAAUUUAGAAAAUAAUACUAAUAAUAAUAAAAUAAAAAAUCGUGUAGGAAUUAUUAAUUUAGGUAAUACAUGUUAUGUUAAUUCAAUAUUACAAGCUUUAUAUCAAUGUGAUUUAUUUCGAAAAUAUAUAUUUGAACAAUAUUUUAAUGAACAAAUUUUAUUAAGAGAAUUACAAAUUAUUUUUGCUCAACUUAAUUUAUCAAGACGACCGUAUAUUAAUGCAAUUAAUUUUGUUAAAAUUGCUCGACCAGCUUGGUUUACAAUGAAUGAACAACAAGAUUGUGCAGAAUUUCUCGGUUAUUUACUUGAUACAAUCAAAGAUGAAGAAAAAAAAGAUAAGAAUGUAUCAUCAAAUGAAAUUCAACGUCUUUUUACAAUUCGUACUUGUCAAAUCAAUCGAUGUCAACGUUGUUCGAUAGAUUCUUAUCAAGAAGAAUCAAGUAAUUAUUUAUUUCUACCAAUUCCAACAACAGAUAAUCAACAUGACAAUUUAAAUUCUAACCAAUCAGCUAUACCUAUAUCUGUAAUGAAAAAUGGUUUAAAAUUUUAUCCAGCAUCAAAUAGAAAUUCUAUAUCAAAUACAUCUAUUCAAUUGCCUUCAUCAUCUUCUAAUACAACAUUAAAUCUUCAAUUUGUAUUUGAUUGUUAUUUUCAAAAAGAAGAAUUAAAAGAUGAUAAUCAAUAUCGAUGUGAGCAUUGUCAAUCAUUACAAAAUGCUGAACGAUAUACAAUUCUUCAAACAGCACCUGAAUAUUUAAUAUUAUCUUUAAAUCGUUUUGAAUAUGAUAAACAAACAAAUAUAUUUCGUAAAGUUUUUACUAAAAUAACUUAUCCAAAAAUUCUUAAUGUUCAUGUUUAUCCAUCAAGAAAUAAUUCGAUUUUAACAAAAUAUUGUCUUGUACUUAUUAUUGUUCAUACUGGUUAUACACUUCAUGGUGGUCAUUAUUAUGUAUAUGCAAGAGAAAUGAAAGCAUCAAAAAUUAAUAUGAAUAAACAAGAAGAUAAUGAUGAAUGGUUUUUAUUAAAUGAUGAUCUUGUAACAUUAUCUUCAUAUGAAGCUAUGAUUGAAAAUUGUGCUCAAUAUACAUCAGCUACACCUUAUGUUCUUUUCUAUAAGCGUAUUGAUGAACAACAAAUUGAAGAAACAGAAAAAAUUAAACAAAUAUCUAUACAUGAAAGUUUAAUUAAACAAAUACAUGAAGAUAAUAUGAUGUAUGAACGUGAAUCAGAAAAAUAA